UUACACUAGAUUUGGGAAAAGAGAAAACUUCUAGUUAAUAAUCUGAUACAGUGCAAUAAUGUUGUCUCCAUACGACUGGUAGUUAAGUAGCUUGUAAGCUAGCUAGCUAGCACUAAUUAACUUUAAGGGUUUAUCUUCUCUUUAGGUAGCUCGCUGGGUAACUAACCUAGCGUUGGGUAAAAUAGCUAGUUAGCUAACGUUAACGAGCAAACUGGCCAUCCAGCUAUCACCAUAAAAUGAAUGAUCAAAUCUAGUCAUAUACUUUGCCAUGUAAUCUAGAGACGUUAGCUAGCUAAUUAUUAUUUCUGUACAAAUGCUUAUUUUGGCAGUACAGUUUACAGUGCAGUAAGAACAAACAAGACCUGGGCUAAAUUAAUUAGCCAGCGAGCUAGCUAACCAACCUAACUGAACUUUUUGAUUGUUUUGCAGAUUCAGACAACAAUGGCAUUUAAAAUCUCGAAAGGAAAGACUGACAUGAUAAACGUAAGGUUGCCCAAUCCUCAAAUCGAGAAUAAAAUCACUAAACAGAGGAAGGAAAAUGCUUACAUGAAAAAGUCACUUGAUGAGCUUUCUCGUCACAAGGGGGCGCCAUCUGACUCUGAAAACAACCAGCUCCUGUUAGAGAGAAUCCUUGCAUUAGAGACAUUAAGGGAGAAAAACUCCCAACAGAUCCUAUCCAAAGAUCAGGAAAUUGCAGCUCUUAGGCAGCAUCUUUGUUCAGACAGUGCUGAGAUUGUGACCAGAUUGCAGGCUCAGCUGACCCAGCAGAAACUGGAUGCAGAAAUGAGGGAGAACCUGUUCCAGUCCCUUAAACAAGAGACAGAAGAACUAAAGACCAAUUUAGUAGUGAUUUCUGCUAAGUGCCAGGACCUAGAGAACACAGUUGAAACAGCAAAGGGUGGCUCCGCAGGAUGGUUGCCUGCCAACAGGCACGUCGCAGUCAUGGAAGAACACCUGAAAGAUGCCUUGGAGAAGAACCAGCAGUGGCUUGCCUACGACCAGCAGAGGGAGGCCUACGUCAGGGCGGUGGUGGAGAAGACACACCAGCUAGAGCAGCAGCUCAGCCAGGCAAAUGAAGCCCUCCAACAGAAAGACAGGAAGGCCUGUAUGGAAGCUCUGAAGAAUGUGGAGUCACUGCGCUCAGCCCAUGCUGAGCUGGAGGUGGAGCAGGAGAAGACCGAGCAGGGGCGACACUGCGAGGAGAAGCAGUGGGAGGCACAGAGGCAGGCCGAGAAGGAGAGGAAGCACGUUGAGGAACACCUUCACCACCUCCACACCUCCCUUGCAGAUGCCAGUGCCAAGCUGGAAGAGGAGAGGCUGAGGUCCUCUGUUCUUCUGGAGCAGGUGAACCAUUUCCAGAAGGUCCUGCUGACACAGCAAAACGAGCAGAAUCGGAUGUCGGUUUUAGAGCAGCAGAUUCAGGUGUCUGCCAAAGAUCUGGAGGACGAGAAGCGUGAUAAUCAGCAUCUCCAACGACAACUUCACAAAAUUCUGAAGGAGCUGCGAAAAUCCAAGGACAAAGUGGCCAGAUUAGAAUGUGAGAAAGCGCAGACCGAGAAGCCUUUGUCUUCAAUUGCCUACACUGAAGUGGAAAAAGCAACCAAGGGAGAUCUACGGAGCCAUGCGUCCCCUACAAAAGCACACAAUCUGCUGAAUGAGAGUUUUCUGGAGUGCCCCAAUUGCAGAGCUCAGUAUCCGACCAGUCGCCAUAGAGAGCUUCUGGUACAUAUUGACGAGUGCUUUGAUUAAAGCUGUCCUGCGUCUCUACUAGUAGUAAAUGAUCUAUAAAUAUGUUAUUGAAUCUGAGUUCUCUCUGCCUUACAUCUUAAAACAUUUUGGUCAUUUGUUCUUCAUUAAAAAAAAAUAAACAUGGGAUUUUUCCUAAUGAAAAGACAAUGGGACAUCUAGAUUAAAUGAGAACAUAGUUUUAGACAUAUAGGACAUGGUAACAACAGUUAGAACAUUUUUCAAAUCCAGAAAUCUCAGUUUUGAAAUCCAUAUUAAUAUUUGAAGAGCAUUUUGUUUAAUUUAUCUUUUGUACUUUUUAAAUUUUCUGUCAAUUAAAAAUAAUUUUUGGCGA